UAAAAAGUGUAAAAGAAAUGACGCUACACAAACAAAACCUUAUCAAGAUUAGAACACCACACCCCAUCUCAUCCCUCAAAAACAUACUAUCGUCAUUCGCCAUGGCAGCAGCAGCGCCUACCUUUCAUAUCACUACUCCUCCGCCCUUCACACUUGCCGCUCCGAGACACCACUUCGCCACCAAUCUCCGCUCGCUUCACCGCCUACACCUCCGUGGCCGCCUCCGUUACACCACCACCUGCUCUUACAAAGUAGCAAUCGAGCACGAAGGUGAAACGACUGAACUAGAGGUGGAUCCAGAUGAGACGAUACUGGAAAAAGCGUUGGAUUCGGGAAUGUCCGUACCCCAUGAUUGCAAGCUGGGAGUUUGUAUGACUUGUCCGGCGAAACUGCUUAGUGGAAGCGUGGAUCAGAGUGAGGGGAUGUUGAGCGACGAUGUGAUUGAGCGUGGCUACUCGUUGCUGUGUGUAUCGUAUCCCAAAUCGGAUUGUCAUAUCAAAAUCAUCCCUGAAGAAGAGCUCUUGUCUUUGCAAUUAGCUACUGCCGAUGAUUAGCUUCAUUUGAUUUGAAAUAGUCUUUUGUUUCCCAAAUCUAUUGGAUACAUUUCAACUUUUGUUUGAACUUUUUUAGUUAAAUAAAGUUACAAUUGCGUAUACAA